GCGCUCGAAUACGUAGACCGGCCUUCUCGGGGACUGGCGUUCUUUUGACACUGCUAUUCUGGCUUGAUCUGCGCCUGCUUGGGUCUUGUUCUUGCGCCGGACAGCCUUCGCUCAUGGCUUUAUGGCGACGCGCUCUUACAUCGCUCUGAUGAAAGACUCCUCAUUGACUUGGCAUCGGAGAACGUCUCGGUACAAGAGAAGAAGGCACUGGUGCAUCAGCGACGAUCCUGAAACACCGUGUCCGUGAAACCCUUGCCCCUGCAAAGUGGUUGUGUGCGGCCAUGAAGGCCGCGCAUCUAUGCUCUUGACUGAUUAGAAAAACUUGGGAUGAUAUAAAAGCGAGCUGGGAAUGGCUCCAGCAAUAUCAGCACCUCCACUUCCAUCGUCUAAACUCAAACAGCUUCUCUGCGCUUGCUAAUAUUUGCCUAUAAACAAACUCAUCUCUCUAUAAUGUUGUUCAACAAGGUUUCCAUGCUCGUCGUUGCGGCGGUAAUGUCCGCUUCCUUUGCCGCCCCUGUGCCUGACACAGCUGGAGGACUUGAUGUUUCUCCCGACGGCAUAGCCGUGAGGUCCCCCCUCAACAAGGACUGGCUUCGUGCUAGUACUGUUCGCUCUCCGCCAAACAACACGCGCCGUCACCCUCCGAACAACACGCGCCGCCACCCCCCCAACAACACCCGUCGCCACCCACCGAAUAACACGCGUCGUGCUGGGACUAUUCGCUCGCCACACCCGCCGAACAACACCCGCCGCCACCCGCCGAACAACACUCGCCGUCACCCACCUAACAACACCCGUCGUCAUCCGCCCAACAACACACGCCGCCACCCCCCGAAUAACACUCGCCGUCACCCUCCUAACAACACUCGCCGUCACCCUCCCAACAAUACCCGCCGUCAUCCGCCCAACAACACUCGUCGUCACCCUCCCAACAACACUCGCCGUGAGGCACUCGACAUGACCAAGCGCUCUCUUGCUGAUGAUCUCGACUAA